AGAAGAACACUCUAUGGAUGAAGAGCCGCUUUCACUGACCCAGAGGGUGGAAAAGAUGACAUCUGUUAUAGAACUGCUUGUGGAAAUUAUGGCUUGCCUAACAGAAGACCAGUAUGAGGAAUUCAAGAAGUUGAUCAGAAAUGAAGGCCACGAAACCUAUAAUUCAUACAACCCUCAUUUGCUGUGGCAGACAAACCAUCAGGACACUGCGUGUGUUACAGUUUUGACUUUUGGCCAAAACUCUGUUUUGAAGACGAUGAAGAUUUUAAAGCAGAUGAACAGAACUGAUCUGGUGCAGAAGUUGUUGGAGACCAGCUCAAGUUUCGAAAAGAAACGCUCAGAUGAACCACGCUCUGUCCUGUUGGAGAAAGCAGCAACAAUGGCAGCUGUUAAAGAGCUGCUUUUGGAAAUCCUGCGUUCUUUAAAUGACGGGGAGCUCGAGAAAUUAAUGUUUCUGCAGUUAGCCUUUCAAAAGGACUUCAAAGACAUCCCACAUUUAUUUAUAUACUUAAACGACUGUACAGAAAUAUUGGAUGUGAUGGUGCAGACCUACGGGCGACAGUCUGUGGAUGAGACCAGAGAGAUUUUAAAGAAGUUGCACAGAGUUGAUCUCAUGCAGAUGUUUUCAGAGACUAGCUCAGAACCCAAAGUGGAUGAGCAUCAACCUCCAGUCUUUGAAAAAACGGUAAAGGAAGAUGUGGAACAUGUUCUUUCAGAAACAUUGAGUGGUUUGAAACUUGAGGAGUUUGAGAAAUUUAAGUGGGUGCUGCAGCUCACAUACUUCCAGAGGAGUUUUACACGAAUCCAGUGGCACGACAUGAAGUCGGCAACAACUCCAGAUGAACUGGUGCAUCUGAUGGUGAAGAACCAGCAUCCUGUGGAGGUGACCAAAGAGGUUUUAUUGGACAUGAACAGGACUGAUCUAGUUGAGAGGCUGAUGGGGACAGACUCAGGACUUCAAGAGAAACAUCAGCCUGAACUGCCUCAUCAAGUGAGUAAAGUAAAAUCAGAAACACAUUAAACAACAAGGUUUCCA